AUGCCGCAGCUUCUAUACAACGCCGCUGAAUGCUCACUGACGGAAUCUGAUAGCUACUGUUCGGAAGAGCUGGAUAUGCUUGUGUCGUCGUUGGAUCAGGUGCAAGCACGAAUUCCCGGGUCAACAGUGGUAUUGAACGCGAUCAAUAGACUGCGAGCGUCGCGCAAUAGUGGUCGAGUCCGGAAUACGACAACAAUGUGUGAAUCGCGAGAAAACGUCUAUGACAUCUUCAGCUUCCGUGACUUGUUUCCAUUUCUGAAUUCUCUGUCACCAAGGCUUGCACUGUGGGAGGUGUAUGCUGGGGGACAUAUUCCAAGGCCUGGAGACCCAUAUGACCGCCACCGACGACCCUUGCUGGAUCUCUGGGGAGUUCGCGGAUCUUUCUCGACUUGCGUUUGCCGGUCUACCACAGCCAUUUUCUUGAAUAUCCGGCUUCCACUACUGUCAACCUCAUAUGGAUUGAUUAUGAAUUAUCUAACCUUGAAGUAG